AUGGACCAAGUAAAUGGCUCUGUGGUAACUGAGUUUGUGUUACUGGGACUUACACAAUCCUUGGGAAUGCAGGUUUUCCUCUUUCUUUUCUUCUCUUUGUUCUAUGUGGGAAUUAUCUUGGGAAACCUCUUCAUUAUGUUAAUGGUGAUUUUUGAUUCUCACUUACACUCCCCCAUGUAUAUCCUGCUGGCCAACCUAUCAUUCAUUGACCUGGGCCUUUCAUCCACCACAGUUCCUAGGAUGAUCUCUGAUCUUUUCAGUGGUUGCAAAAUCAUUUCCUUCCACAAUUGCAUGAUACAAAUGUUCUUUAUUCAUGUCAUGGGAGGAGUUGAGAUGGUACUGCUCAUAGCCAUGGCAUAUGACAGGUACACAGCGAUUUGCAAGCCUCUCCACUAUCUAACUACUAUGAAUCCCAAAAUGUGCAUGUUUUUGGUAGUGGCUGCUUGGAUCAUUGGGGUGAUUCAUGCUGUGUCUCAGUUUGUUUUUGUCAUAAAUUUACCUUUCUGUGGCCCUAAUAAUGUGGGGAGCUUUUUUGAUUUUCCUAGGGUUAUUAAACUUGCAUGCAUGGACACUUACAGCCUAGAAUUUGUGGUCACUGCCAACAGUGGCUUCAUAUCUAUGGGCACCUUCUUUUUCUUAAUUGUAUCAUACAUCUUUAUUCUGAUCACUGUCAGGCAACAUUCUUCAAAAGAUUUAUCCAAAGCAUUCAUCACUCUGUCAGCUCACAUCACUGUAGUGGUUUUGUUUUUCACUCCAUGCAUGUUUCUCUAUGUGUGGCCUUUCCCUACCAAGUCAAUGGAUAAAUUUUUUGCCAUUGUGGACUUUGUCAUCACUCCUGUAUUAAAUCCUGCCAUCUAUACUUUAAGGAACAGAGAUAUGAAGGUGGCAAUGAGAAGGCUGACUCGACAAGUUGUAAGUUCUAGGGAGAUGCCAUAA